GUAAGAUAAAAGAAGUCAACGGAAGCCUCAGACACAAAAAAAGAGAAGAGGGGUGGGGUUUUUUUGGUUUGAGUUUUUCCUUUUUUUUAAAAAUUUUUAUGCACUUGGACUUGCCUUCUGUGUUGCUGGGUGCCCUUUUGCUCCCGCCAUGAGAGGGUUUUAGAAGGCUCACCUUGGGACCAUGGUUCUACCUUCUCGAUUGCACUGGAUCCGAAGCCGGCCAUGGAGGGACCGGAUCCGGAGGCGACAGCUCAACCGACUACCAGCCAGACUCCCAGAAAUCAUGUUGGUAGGAUCCCAGUCCUUCUCGCCUGGGGGCCCCAAUGGGAUCAUCAGAAGCCAGUCCUUCGCGGGGUUCAGCGGCCUGCAGGAGAGACGGUCCAGAUGUAACUCCUUCAUCGAAAAUCCCUCUGCACUCAAGAAGCCUCAGGCCAAACUGAAGAAAAUGCACAAUUUAGGACACAAAAACAACAACCUCCCCAAAGAACCUCAGCCUCAGAGAGUGGAAGAAGUCGUCAGAGCCUUGAAAAACGGCCUCGAUGAGUAUCUGGAAGUUCACCAGACAGAGCUGGACAAGCUGACAGCUCAGCUAAAAGAUAUGAGAAGAAACUCUCGCCUGGGUGUGCUAUAUGACCUAGACAAGCAAAUAAAAACGAUUGAAAGAUCCAUGAGACGCCUGGAGUUUCACAUUAGUAAGGUGGACGAACUCUACGAAGCAUACUGUAUCCAGAGACGCCUCCAGGAUGGAGCCAGCAAAAUGAAGCAAGCAUUCGCGGCCUCGCCAACCAGCAGAGCUGCCCGGGAGAGCCUGUCGGAGAUCGGCCGCAGCCACAGGGAGUACACGGAGAAUAUGUGCACCAUCGAAGCAGAGCUGGAGAAUCUGCUGGGGGAGUUCUCCAUCAAGAUGAAAGGUCUGGCUGGUUUUGCCCGCCUCUGUCCUGGAGAUCAGUAUGAGAUUUUCAUGAAGUACGGCCGGCAGAGGUGGAAACUGAAAGGCAAGAUAGAAGCCAACGGCAAGCAGAGCUGGGACGGGGAGGAGGUGGUGUUCCUGCCCUUGAUCGUUGGAUUCAUCUCCAUCAAGGUCACAGAACUCAAAGGGCUCGCCACGCACCUCCUGGUCGGCAGCGUGACGUGUGAGACCAAAGAGCUGUUUGCCGCCCGACCUCAGGUGGUGGCUGUUGACAUCAACGACCUCGGCACCAUCAAACUGAGCCUGGAGAUCACUUGGUACCCAUUCGACGUGGAGGACAUGACGGCGUCCUCAGGUGCUGGGAACAAAGCGGCAGCCCUCCAGAGGAGGAUGUCCAUGUACAGCCAGGGCACCCCGGAGACCCCCACUCUGAAGGAUCACUCCUUUUUCAGGUGGCUGCAUCCUUCGGCGGCCAGGCCGCGGCGGCUGUCCGUCUUGAGUGCCUUGCAGGACACUUUCUUUGCCAAGCUGCACCGCAGCCGCUCUUUCAGCGACCUGCCCUCCCUCAGGCUGAGACCCAAGGCCGAGCUAGAGUUUUCCUCUAAUCUACCUGAUGACGUCUUUGACCACGGAAAGGCAGCUGAGGAGAAAACGCCCCUGUCUCUCAGCUUCAGUGACCUGCCCAACGGGGACUGUGCCCACACCCCCCACGCAGCCGGCCCUCUGUCCACCGCAGGCUCAGCAAACCCAGAAAUUACCAUCACCCCUGCAGAGCGGAACCACAGCAGCCUGGCCUCCCGGAACGAGGGCUCGGAUGACUCCAGCUCAGCAUCUUCUAGAAACUCCUCCAGAGAAGGCCAAGAGCCUCAGCCACAUGUGGAGGAGGACACAGACGGGCCCGGGACCCCCCUGUUCCUGGAGAAGGACGUGGCAGAGGCCCUCUUACAGGAGUCUGACGAGGCCUCGGAGCUCAAGCCCGUGGAACUGGACACGUUUGAAGGAAACAUCACGAAGCAGCUGGUCAAGAGGCUGACCUCAGCGGAGGUGCCGGGGGCCACGGAGAGGCUGGCCCUGGAGGGCUCCGUCAGUGGAGAAUCCGAAGGCUGUCGCUCCUUCCUGGAUGGAAGCCUAGAGGAUGCAUUUAGCGGGCUUUUCCUCGCCUUGGAGCCACACAAGGAGCAGUACAAAGAGUUUCAGGACCUGAACCAAGAAGUCAUGCACUUGGAUGACAUCCUAAAAUGCAAGCCGGCCGGAACCCGCAGCCGGUCUUCCAGUUUAAGUCUUACAGUCGAAAGUGCUUUAGAAAGCUUUGACUUCCUGAACACCUCUGAUUUUGACGAGGAGGAGGACGGCGAUGAGGUUUGUAAUGUUGGCGGAGGCGCGGACUCGGUAUUUUCGGACACCGAGACCGAGAAAAAUAGGACCUACAGAGCCACACACCCUGAAGCCAGGGGGCACCUUAGCGAAGCACUGACAGAGGACACAGGGGUCGGGACUAGUGUGGCAGGAAGCCCUCUGCCGCUGACCACGGGGAAUGAAAGCCUGGACAUCACCAUCGUCAGGCACCUUCAGUACUGCACCCAGCUCGUUCAGCAAAUUGUCUUCUCAAGCAAAACCCCAUUUGUGGCGAGCAGUCUCUUAGAGAAGCUUUCUAGGCAAAUCCAGGUGGUGGAGAAGCUGUCAGCAGUCAGCGAUGAGAACAUAGGGAACAUCAGUUCCGUCAUCGAAGCCAUCCCAGAAUUUCACAAAAAGCUGUCCUUGCUGUCCUUCUGGACCAAGUGCUGCAGCCCAGCCGGUGUCUACCACAGCUCAGCCGACCGAGUUAUAAAGCAGCUGGAAGCCAGCUUUGCCAGAACCAUCAACAGAGAGCACCCCGGGCUUGCAGACCCAGUGUUCCGAACCCUGGUGUCCCAGAUCCUGGACCGGGCUGAGCCACUACUCCCCUCCAGCCUCCCUUUGGAAGUCGUCACCGUUUUCCAGUAUUACGGUUAUUUUACCAGCCACGGUGUGAGCGACCUCGAAACUCACUUGAACCAGCUGGCCAAGCAAGUUUCCUUGAUUCAGACUCUGCAAUCGCUGAGCGAUGAGAAGCUGCUCCAGGCCAUACGUGACCUUGCGCCCAGCAGUCUCCCCGCCCAGCAGGAAGUACUCAGGACCUUGGCUCUGCUGCUCACUGGGGACGACGGCCAAGUGAGCCGGGCUGUGAUGCUUUACCUGGCCGCAGCCUCCAGAAACGAGCAUUUCAGGGAAAAGGCCUUGCUCUACUACUGUGAAGUGCUGACCAAGGCAAACCUCCAGCUCCAGAAGGCGGCUUGUCUGGCCCUGAAAAGCCUGCAGGCCACUGAAAGCAUCAGGAUGCUGGUGACGUUGUGUCAGUCCGACACCGAAGAGAUCAGAGACGUGGCCUCAGAGACCCUCUUGUCUCUCGGAGAAGACGGGCGGCUGGCGUAUGAGCAGCUAGACCAAUUCCCUCGAGACGGUGUUCCCAGUGGAGGACGCCAUGGGACCGAAGUCGCUACGGCUUUUUAAGGAACUGUCCCCCACAGCUGUCUGCCUGAGUGGCCCCAUUCAUCAAGCGGGUGCUGGGAUCGAGCUGGAAGGCUUACGACUUGAAGCGAUCUGCUGAGGUUGUCUGGAAAUUCACAGGUGAUAGAUGGAAUUCAAAAUCGAGUUUCCCAGGACCUGGCUGCCUUUCCUUCCGCCAGCGAAUCCGGCUGUGUGUUGCUCUGUAGAUUAUACUGUCAGUUGCGUCUGACCAUACUUAGUAGAAGAGUCCAUUAAUCUCAUACGGAUGGAUCUUUAAAACAGCCAUCUUUGUACUUUCUUGGAAGUUCUUCUAGCAGCCUAAAAUAGUCACGUGAUGCUUUGAUGACUGUCCUACGCCUUGCAGUUUUUCUCUGUCGUGUUCUCAGGGUUGAGUGGCCCCGUUAGCUACCUAAUUUCACCUUCAUGCAAAGCACAAAAAAAGAAUUUCUUCAAAUAAAAGUUUGCCUGCAGAACUUGGUAAAAGGGACACAUUGUAAGAGGUUAAUGUUUCUUUUCAUUGCAUUUUCCUCAAGCUUCCACUACUUCUUUUGUUUCUUUCCUCCAUCCUGAAAAUCCCAAAAGCACGUUUCCAUGAUGGUUAAAAGACAGGUGGAUGACGAAGACCUACCUUAUAAAGAUUAUACCCAUACUCCUUAAAAAAACAUUCAAAGUUUAAGCUUUUUAAAACAAGAGCCAUUUUUUUUUUACAAUACUUUUACAAUAGAGAUAUUUUGCUGCUACGACCAAACGAAACCAAAAGUCAUGGAUUCAGAAAGCUGUGAUGCUGUUUCAAGUAGAAGAACUUGGAAAAUGGAGGACUCUUAAUGGGGUGAGAGCAGAAGGAUGAUCCAGACCAUCCUGGCUUCUGCAGGAAUUGCCAUGAGAUUAAGAAGAAGAAUGCCCCGAGGGACUGUCACUGCCCCCAGAGAAAUCCUUCAUCCCUGGGUGGGAUCUCUUGGCCAAAUCAUUAAAAUAACAGCUUCCUUUAUUGCUUCCCUAUCAGGGUAGCAAGCCCACUAAUUAAAGGACAAGACCACUCAGUAGCUUUUCUUCCUCUUGAGAGUAGACAAGAAGGGAUAUGCCAAGAUCUCAAAAUAAUAUGUGUGAGUGUUAUUUAAACUGUGCAGUAUCAACCGUAUUCUGGACGUGUUUGUAUAAAAUAUCAUUGAGGUGUCGUUUUAAAUAUUUACAUUUUAGCAAGACCUUUAAAAGCAACUCAUAUUCCAUUUUAAAGUAAAAAUUGUCGUGGUGUCUGGCUGGCUCAGUUGGUAGAGCACAUGACUCUUGAUCCCAGAGUCAU